AUGCCGGACGAGGAGAAGCCUCUUGCUCUGGCUCAGCCAGCUCCACCCAAUACUGUCCAGCCAUUGAUCUCCUUCUCCACGAUCGAUGCGCCCUCUCAACGCUUCUACGCUGUCAGCAUCGCUAGCCUCGUCCAGGCUUGGAAGUAUACCAAGAUCCUAUUCUCAUCAUCAUCAUCAUCAUCAUCACCAUCAGCGAUAGCAUCAACAAUAUCACUGCAAAGCAACUCAGCAUCAGUCUCAUUAUCAACAGCAGUCUUGAUCAACUUUUCCCUCCUCUUCAUCCUUUCACGUCUCGGCAUCCCAUUGCUCGAUCCGCGUCUUGCUUCUAAACCAACAACAGCAUCCAGCAACGAUGCACAAAAGGCAGUGUUACAGCCAGCCAAAAAAGUUGGCCUCACCUACGUCCACUACCUCGCCAUCUUUGCUACUCUUUCUUUCGUCGACGCAACUCUUCUUGGCGACGCUUCUGUCAACCCGCUCAUCUUGAUCCUCAAUGGCUUGCUCAGCGUCCUUCAUGUCUUAACAUCCAUGUUUGGCCUCAGCUUACCCACAGCAGCUCUCUUUCCUGACCCGCUAAGCCGACAGCUCUCCAUCAACGAAGGACAGGUUCGCAUCCGUGAUCUCAUCCAGCCAAAGAGCCAUAUCCUCGGCCAGCACACUAUUCACAUCCUUCCGCAUAGCACAGCGAAGCUCUUGCCAUCAAGUGCAUGCUAUUGCGUCGGUCGAGACACUCCGCAAGUCACGCUUCCUGUGCUCUUCAGCAAUGCACAGCCUGAUCUGCUUCAGUACUCGAUCACCGACUUUGCUUCAGGUCAAUCCAGCUAUUUCAACGUCAGCGUCGACAAUCUGAUCCCCUUUGGCCCAUCGAGUGCCGAUCGCGAAUCAGAUGAGCUCAGUGCCAUCUCUGUUGCCGCAAGCACACCUUCGACAAAGGCGCGCAGUCGCCAGAACGUUCUUCUUGAUGACGAGGACGCUCUCGACGAUCCAACUUCCUUGCUUCCUCGUGUCUCGUACGCAGAGCGUGUCCGUAUCCGCGCUCAACGUCGAGCUCAAUCCCUGGGCAAACGUACAGCCGGCCUCGAUACGCCAAAGUCGAAAGGCAUCCAAUCCAAUCCCAACGCUCAGCAGCUCUUGUGGCAUCUUCCCAUCACCCAGCCGGGCCGCAUCCGCCUGGAGCGUGUUCUUGACAACUCUCACAACGAUGCUCGCAUCUCCACCUCGGAAGCGCUUGUCGUCCAGUGCCCUUCGGCACGGCUCAUCGCUGCAGCAUCCACUGCAGCCCGCUUGAUGGACCCACCUCAACUGCAACACAAGUGUCCCCGUGAUCGAGCCGACUUUGCCGCUCAAGUCAGUGGUGUCGCACCUCUCCAGCUCGAGUAUCGCCGCGUCUACGAGCCCCUAUCUCCCCUCGGCUCUACAAGUCGACACAGGCACUCAUCACGACAAGAAGACAAACUUCUUAAGAUUUCUCGCAUCUCACCGCCUCACCACACUUCGCCCCUCCUCCUGCCUGAAGCAGAAGCGCUGCUCUCACCAGCAGAACGACUGGCACUUGCACGUGAGCGUACACGUGCUGCUUCUCGUCGCAACGACGCAGGCUCUGAAGACUUCUCAUGGGCCAAGUCAGUCGACGUCGACAUGCCACUCAGCAGCGUCGAUCUCGAACAGCCUGGCAACUACACCUAUGUCCUUGAGAGCGUUACUGACGCCUGUGGUAACAAGGUUGCUCUUCAUGCAGACCCUUUUGCUCGUCUUUCCCUUGCGCAAAAGGCACGCAAGAAGGUCAAGGGCGAGAGCCAACAUACCGCUACCUACCAGCAGUCGGUUGUUGUUCACCCGCGCCGGACUGUCGCUUUUGACCCAAGACAGUGUCGACCUGGUCACCCUCUUCCACUGUUGCGAAAUGUCAAGGGCAUCGAUCUCACCAUACAGUCUCCCCUGGACGCCGAACAGGUUGGUGAUUGGAAUGUCAGCCUCUCUUUCCAGCCUGACAACAGCGCUGCUGGAAAGGGUCUCUGGGCACGUCAUGUCGCUUCCGCAUCGACGAUGCAGCUCACUCUGCCUGCUCACAGCUCCAAAGUGCCUCUGACCAUCGAAAAGCCAGGUACCUAUCGCAUUGACGACAUUUCCGGGCCCUACUGUAGUGGCCAAGUGGGAUCGCCUUGGACAUGCGAGGUUGUCGAUGUACCUCCCCCCACGGCUCAGAUCAACUUCAGCAGCAUCCAAGACCGAUGUGCCGGUCCUGUCGGCCUCAAAGCCAUGUCCGUCCUCACAGGCACCCCACCCUUCCAGCUCCAGUACCAAGUCACCAAACAAGGUCGUCAUACCGAACGAAAGACGAGAACCAUUUUCGAUCAGACUCGUGACCAACUCGAUUUCCGACCGGACGUCGAUGGUGCGGUCACGUACAAGUUUGUCGAGCUUCACGAUAGCAACUACCGCAACAUUCCACUUGAUGGACCCUCGUUCACCCAGGUCUUCCACCCAUUGUCCAGUGCUGAGUUCACAGCCCCGAUUCGAGUUCAUGAUGAUCGAGCGGUGAUGCAGAGCUGUAGUGGCAAGCAGGCUGAGGCGGAUGUCAGGUUGAGUGGUGCCGGGCCAUGGGAUCUCACCUAUGCGGUCCGUGCCGGCGAUCGAGUGGAAACCAAGGUCGUUCAAGGUAUCACCGAGUCUCCGCACAAGCUCAAGAUCGAUAUUCCCAAAUCCGUUGCUGCUUCGGGUGGAUUGGUGACAGUCAGUCUGGUCAAGAUCCGCGAUGCUAGAGGUUGCGAGAAAUCGCUAGCUACUCGUGAUCUCAAUGUCGAGGUCCGACGGGUUCAGCCGAGUGUCGGAUUCUUGCCCAUCAAAGCGGAUAAGGAUCGUCAUGUUGAGGUGCUUUCCGGAAAAGCAGCUCGUCUUCCCCUUCGUCUUAGUGGACAGGGCCCUUGGAAUGUUGACUACUCGUACAAAGCGCACGAGUCGGCAGAGGAAGUGCAUCUCACUGCAUCGCUCAAUAAUGUCGAUGCUGAACUCAUGGCCGAGCAUGCAGGUCUGUACAAGAUCCAACGGAUCCGAGACAACUACUGUCCUGGUAUCGUGCUGGAGGGGCAGCAAGACUACAGGGUCAGCGUUCGUCCUCAGCCUCACGUUCAGUUCGCAAACGAUGCUGGUAUGCUUGCUCGAAAUGGCAGCCUUGUGCGUGCACCCGUGUGUCGCGGUCAACCUGAUUCGGUGGACAUUGUCAUGUCCGGUCACUUCCCAGUGGAUGUGGAGUACGAACACAUGGCACCGUCGUGGAGUGCAAGCAGCGAACCCGAAGCUUCUGCUGCACUUGCAUCUGCAGCCCACCAAGUCGCUCUGCACGGUAAACGAAGAAAGACAGCUUUCACCUCGGCUCUCAACACGACCAACCUCGAACUCUCGACCGCUUUGCCUGGCUGGCACACGUACAUCCUCAAUACUGUUGGUGAUGCUGUCUAUCCUCCCUCCCGCCUGCAGGAGUUUACGACUGAAUCACCAAGCAGGCUCGAGCAGAUGGUUUUCCCACUUCCCAGCGCUGCGUUUGCAAGCACAGCAUCCAAACGCAACCCACCUUCCCUCUGUGUCGGUGAUGGGCUUGAUCGACUUGAAAGCCUACCUGUGCUCAAACUGCAAGGUCAAGCGCCGUUCACGGUCACCUUUGAGGUAGUCUCCACUUCGAGCUCCUCUGCUGCUGCUUCAGGUACCGGCACAUAUCGAUUCACACGAAGCGGCAUCAAAUCCAACUCAUACAAGCUCGACCUAUCCCACGACGAAUUCGCAUUCCACACCAAAGGUCUUUAUUCUAUCCGAGUUGUCCAGGUGACGGAUGCUCACAACUGUCAAUCCGCCCGCAUCCAGGAAAGCAAACGUCCCGGACAAGAGGAGAGAGCGCUGAUAGUGCAAGUUGCUGAAACUGCCGACAUUUCUGCUGUUUCCACCCGCCAAGACUACUGCAUUGGCGAGCUGGUCGAGUUUUCCCUUCAAGGCAGUCCCCCCUGGACAGUCUCAUACGAUUUCAACGGCAAAACAGCGCAAGCCGCCGUUUCAAAAGCGCAAUUCUCCCGCGUUGCCGAAAAAGCUGGCAUUCUCACCAUCAAAUCCGUCGCUCAUCAACAAAACCAGUGUCGACGAGAUAUCAACCCUCGUUUCUCCCAAGACAUGGUGAAAACCAUCCACGAUCUUCCCACAGUCCGAAUUUCAGAGGGCAAUCAUUUUGUGCAGGAUCUAAGGCAAGGGAACCAGGCAGAGAUCAUUUUCAGUUUGAAAGGCAUUCCGCCGUUUAGUUUUACGUAUCAGAGGACUGAGCCGGUGGAUAGACAUGCAAAGCCCAAGGUGUUGGAGACAAAAACGGUCAGUGGCAUUUUGCACGAGAGCUAUAGUAUUUGGGCAGCCGUGGAAGGCACUUGGAGUGUGACCUGGUUGCAGGACAGAUGGUGCCAGGUGUCGUUGGAUUAUCAUAGUGGCGCCGCUACUCCGUUGGGGAAGAGUCGAUUAGCGAUUAUGAAUGACGUUAGCCAGCCUAACUAG